UAUAUAUAUUUGUAAAAAAAAAAAAAAACCCACGAUCCCACAAUUUCAGCAAUCUCCUUCUUCCUUUCCAAAAACAAAAAACCCAGCAACUCAAGAUGCUUCCCUAUCAAAUUUACGCGCUCACGAUUUUGUUUUCCCGCACUAAUUUCCCACUCUCCCAGCAAUCUCAAACCCACGAUCUUCAAUCUCAAACAUUGAAAUCAAACCGUAAAAACAAAAUCAAUCUAUUUCGACCUUCUUCAAACCAUUCCCAAAAAUUGAACUCAAACCCUAGAAUCGAAAUUGAUCGUCUUCUAGCUUCAAACCCAAAGGAAUCAAACUUAGAUAGAAAUCAUUCCUUUGUAAUCAAACUCAGAGCAAUCAGAACUUCCCAAAGAAAUCGAAGUUAGAGCCAUCGUUAUCCAUUAAUCUUUCCUCUUCUCACAUCGUUCUCAAAUCGAAGUUAGAGCCAUCGUUCUCACAUCGUCACUUCUGUUUCAGGUAUCUUUAUGACAAACUUAUUGGUCCUCGUGGAUUAAAAUACAAGAUAUCAUUUUUAUCCCCACAUGUAUCAUUUGAUGAUAUUCAAGGAAAAGAUAUAGCAAGGGUAUUGAUGAAAACUAAGGUGUUGAAGGAUGAAAAGAUAAUUCUUGCACCUUAUAAUGUUGGGAUUCAUUGGGUUUUGUUUGUCAUCAAUCCCGAUGCUGAGGUUAUAUAUUUUUUGGAUCCGCUCGGUGGAGAACCUUCAGAUCAUGGAAGUAUAAAAACAAAGUUUGAAAAUGCAAUUCAAAUCUACCGUGCCUGGUCUGAAAAUAAAAUCUCCAAGUCAAAGAAAGAUAAAAUCAAAUGGAAUAAAAUAAAGUGUCCUCGUCAAAGAAAUACUAUUGACUACGGAUAUUUUAUCAUGAGAUUUAUGAAAGAAGUUAUCAUGGAAUAUCCAAAUAAGAUUCCUGAUAAUUACUUUUCUCGCCAUAGACAUUCUACAUACUCUAAAGAGAAGCUAGAUGAGGUGAAGGAGGAGUGGGCUACCCAUAUGGUUGAAGAUGUUAUCAAUGAUGCAAAGAGGCUGCAAAAAUAAUAGUUGAUCAUUAAUUGGUAGUUUGAGGGCCUCCUUUUUCGAUGAAGUGGGCGGUUCUCAUCAAGUGACACGUCGCAGAAGAAAGUAGGGCUAGAGUUUGACUAUCUUUUGUAGUGGUCUUUGUGUUUGUACUAAAAUUUGUCAUUGAUUUUCUCAUUAGAAGCUAUGGCCACAGUUUGACAAUAUCUCUUUUGUAGUGGUCUUUUUGUUUGCACUAUUCAAUUCAGAUUUGUCUUGUAGUCGGAUUGGUUUUAUUUAUGAAAUGAAUGUAUUACUAGA